CACGUGAAAAGCCCUAUACAAAACAAUCAUAUUGGAUUUUUAAAGGUAGUUUGAGAUAGAAUUGCAUUAUAUUGUAGAGAAAUCGUUAGUAAUAGUGUCAAAUUUUAUUUUAAAAGUUUAGAAUAAAUAUCGUCAACAGCUUUAGCAGAAUGGCUGCAGUUAUGAACGAAUACUGGCUAAUAUCAGCACCAGGAGAGAAAACACCACAGAACACUUUUGAAAAGCUAAAUCAAGCACUCAGAAGUGGAAAUGAUAAAUUAUCAGAAAAUUUCAAGUUUGCAAUUCCAGAUCUCAAGGUUGGCACCUUAGAUGUUCUAGUCGGUCUGUCUGAUGACCUUAGUAAAAUUGAUGCAUAUACAGAGAGUGUGGUAAGGAAGGCUUCGUCAACACUUGAAGAUGUUCUCGAAUCCUCUGCUAAAGGAAAUUUGGCUGAAAAUUUACGGAUAGGAGGAGAAAUCCCUCCGCAAGUAUAUGUUCAGAAAUUCAACUGGGAUGUUGCCAAAUACCCUAUCAAACAACCUCUGCGGACUAUUGCUGAUGUAAUCUCCAAGGAUGUAACACACAUUGAGGAGGAGCUGAAAACUCGUUACAACAAGUACAACAAUCUGAAGGGCAGUCUCCAACAACUGGAGCGUAAAGCAACUGGGAGCCUGUUGACACGCAGUGUUGCUGAAUUAGUGAAGAAGGAGGAUUUUAUUCUAGACUCUGAAUAUCUCAUUACACUGGUGGUGAUUGUACCCAAAAUGCUUGCUGAAGAUUGGAUGAAAAAAUAUGAGAAAAUGACAGAGAAAGUUGUUCCAAGGUCAUCAAGGGUAGUCUUUGAAGACAAUGAGCACCAGUUAUGCACAGUGACACUCUUCAGAUUAGUUCAAGAUGAGUUUAAAAACAAGUGCCGUGAGCACAAGUUCAUGGUGAGAGAUUUCCAGUACAAUGAAGAAGAAAUUCAAGCUGGGAAAACUGAGCUGGACAAACUCAAUGCUGAUAAAAAGAAGAAAUUUGGCCCUCUGGUCAAGUGGCUGAAAAUCAAUUUCGGUGAAGCUUUUGUUGCAUGGAUGCACAUCAAAGCUCUACGUGUUUUUGUGGAGUCUGUUCUCAGAUAUGGGCUCCCAGUCAAUUUUCAAGCUAUUUUGAUAAGGCCAGUAAAAAAGCAUCAAAAACGUAUUAGAGAAAUACUGAACCAACAAUAUGGACAUCUUGAUUCAACUGCUCUUUCUGGAGACAAGAUGAAUGCCAUGGAGAUCCCAGGGUUCAACCUAACUGCAGCUGAUUACUACCCCUAUGUUUUUUACAAGAUUCUCCUGGACAUGUGCGAGCCACAAAAAAUUUAGGAACGUUUCUAAUUUAUUUUUACCCCUGCAUAUUUUUAUGGACUUAUAUCAGUCUUUGUUAGUGUGUAUAAAAGAAGAAGACAGGAGAGACAAUAGAGAUAUACUUUUUGUAUGUGGCAAGUGUAAUAAUACAAAAAAGGCUGUGCAAGUAGUUUAGUAAAUUUAUUGGUGUGGUUCAAGCCCAUGGGUAAAAGGUAUUUUACUGAAUUCUUAUCUGCAUUUAAAACAUUUCAAAAAAUUCUUAGCAGGUAUGGUUUAAGCUGUAUUUGGUUGUGUACAUGCUUUUGUUUAGGCAUUUUUUUAAUACAAAGGAUACACAAUGUUGCAUUGUAAUCACAAAAAUUAAACAUUUCCUGUGCGAUUGUUGAAAAGAACAGUUAAUCCCUUUUUAAAAAAAAUACACAGUAUUAAUAAAGCUUAAAAAAAUGUGCCCAGAAUUUUAAAAAAUUAUUUAAUAUUUAAUAAAGCUCUUUUUCUUAUACUUAUACAUAUUCUUGUUUUUUUUUUUAAAGAAAUGUUUCCACUUUCAUUUUUUAAAUUUAACUGCGCAACUCAUACUUUAUCCUCCUUCAAACUUUGAACUUAAUCAAAACAUUUUUAAGGCAACUCCACUGCAAGUAAUCUAUUAGAAUUAAAGUUUUGUUUUUAAAAUGUAGUACAUACUGGUACAAACCCACCCACUAAGCACCCUUGUAACAUAUGAAUCCACUGUAGAUAUGAGUAUGUGAUGCAGACGCUAGUGUUGCUGAAUGACUGAUUAACUGCUAUAUAUAUCAUUCCACUUCUGUACAUCAUUUCCUACAAAAGACAUUCUGUAACAUUUAAUUCAUUUGUAGUUCCAUGUUUAACUUGACAAUGUAAUCAAGACUUUGCUACAUGUAGACUAAUUUAUUUGUCCAUUCAUUUAUUGUUUUGGGAAAACCCUUUUGGGGUUUUCCAGUGAUAACCAGAUUGCUAGUUCAUUGGAUAAUCUCGAUCAAUUAUUUAUGUGAUAUACAUGUAUUGCUGGGAUUUUUUUUUGUAACAUACACAUAAUUACAAUAGAUUAAGAUGUGUUUUUGUGUCACUUAAUAUGUAAGCUAUUAUUUUUUUUAAACUAAAGCAGGGCAAUGGUAUGUCAUUUAACCUAAAGCAAUAUGGUUAACAAUGCUUAAUUGAUUGUAAGCGGUUACAAGUUACAGGUAAUUAGUAUUAAGCUCUGCAAACAAAUAGCAUGUUAUAAAAAUUUCUAAAAAAUUGUUUACUGAUAGUAAUUUAAUUGAAUAAGUGAAUGUUCAUAAAAAAUUAUUGCCCUGUUCUUCUAGUAUUUUUGUUUGUAUAUUAAGAAGAGGCUGGGUAUAAUAACUAAUAGAUAACUCUUUGAUAUAUAUUUUACAGAAGAUUAAAUAUUGUGGAAAACAACAAAUCUUUUUAAAAAAAAUAAUUUUAUCAUGAGUAAAUAACACUGAAAUUAAAUUUCUUAUAUUGUUUGUGUUUUAGAUUAGACUGGUCUUAUGUGUUACUAACUAGUGAGACUAUUUCUAGAACUGUGUUGAUCCAUGACAUGCCCAUACUCUUGCAUUCAAAAACAUCUGUAGCAAGUUCAGUGUAUAGUUGUGUAUGUAAACCAAUGUAUUUUAAUCUAUGUCAAUAUGUAGCAAAAAUAAAGAUCAGAAAGAAGGU